AUGGUCGUGCAGGAGUCGCAACAGCGCCGACUUGAAGGACCCCAACCCGCACGCACGCCUCAAUCUCAACCUCCCAGCCUACACCAUCACCAUUCGCUGCAGACACCUGUUCCUGCCCAUAUGUCCCAACCUCACACGAUGACGUCGCAACCCGGAGGCCGACCCCCUCUCGACCGCGCUCAUACGUUCCCUACCCCACCUGCUAGUGCGUCGAGCCUCAUGGCUAUUACCAACCAAGGAAACUCCUAUGAGUGGAACCAAGGAAUGAGCUCUGGGGUUCCCAACUCCCAGCCUCUAUCUAUCGACACCACCUUGUCCAAUGCACGAUCGAUGCCGACGACUCCAGCGACGACGCCGCCUGGGAAUAAUCUGCAGGGAAUGCAUUCUUACCAAACCCAGUCCAGCUACGAUUCAAAACCGUAUUCGGCAGCCCCUCCAGCACACCCUCACUAUGCCACUCAACAGCCAAUGACCCAGCAGGCCAUGGCUCCGUACGGACACUCAAUGCAGACCAGCUCUUAUCUCAAGGGUGAUAUGGCACCGCCGUCGUCCGGUCGUGCUUCGGCAGGGCAACCGGAGCCGGAACCGGCCGACGUAAAGCCCGAGCGUUACGGGCAAAGUGGACAUGUUGGCAGUGCAGCCUCAGAGACGGAGCAGGACCCGGAAUAUGUGCAGCAUAACAGUGGCUACAGCCGAGACGGGUUCGCAUACUCGUAUAGCGCAAACCCUUCCGUCAAUGGUUUGCCCGGCGAUCACUCCCAGCUCACGCCUGACAUGACAGGCUCGCCCUCGCAGCAGAACGGAUCAGGUCGGAUGACUCCUCGCACCAGUGGAGCCGCUCCUCAAUGGGCGCCGGGGUACACCACACCUCCGCGAUCUGCGGCUGCUAGCAGUCUGUACAACAUUGUCAGCGAUACUCGAGGGACCUCUGCGACAAACGGAGCUUCAGACAACUACGCCGUCGCGUCCAAUUCCGGCUACUCCACCGGGCUGAACGGCUCUCUUGGGUCUAACAAGCGUAUGCGCGAGGACGACGAUGACCGAAUUGGUCGGCCGGACAGCCGUGACGACUACGAGACGAAGCGUCGCAAGACCCUGACCGACACAAGCGUGGGUGGCCCAGUAGGCGUGCCUCUUGCCCUUCAACCUAUGAAGGCAGGAGGCAGCCUUAUGGCUGGCCGUCGCUAA